AUGUUCAACCCGAACAUCCCCAAUACGGGAUACCACGGCCGUCCCAUUGUCAUCGAGGACGAUGAUGACGACGACGACAACGGCGGAAUGCAGGUGGACUAUGCACCUGCCCAGCAUCCUCAACACUCACUCAUGGCAUACGGACACAACGCCUCAGCAGGCCGAAUGCCCAGCCCCGGCUACCCAGCCUGGCACACCACCCUCGAGCAGGAAAAGAAAGUCCGCAGCCGGCUGCGCGAGGAGCGGCACGCCGCGCUCUGCGUGCUCCUGGACCGCGAACUACUCACCCUGCAAGCACUAGCUAAUCAAGAGACCCUCCCCCAAGCUCGCCGCCGCUUCUUAUCUAAACUCCUUGCACCGGGGGACCCCGAGGAGGCGGCCAAGAUCCGCGCGGACCGCUUCAUCAUUCAGCAUCCGUCGACGACUGCGUCGUCGUCGUCGUCCUCCUCGUCGGUCCCGAUGACAGUCAGCCGGGGGAUCGUCGAUGUCCAUGAGACGGACGAUGGGGGCUGGCGCCGUCCCGACGCGGGGUCGGGGUCGGGGUCUGGGCCCGGGUCGGCCGUUUCGUCGCCUGCUUCGGCGUCUAAGAAGAAGGGCAGGGAGACCCCCGAUCGGGCCCGGAGUAAAGCCAAGGUAUCGGCGAGUCGGCAGCAGCAGCAACAGCGGGAGAGGGAGAGGAGGCGGAGAUGGAGCGGUGCUGAGCGCGAUGAUCCGGGGUCUCCUUCUAUGCAGAGGUUUUCGCCUUGA